GGAACAUGGCGACAUGACGAUGAAUGUCAAUCUUGCAUGGAAAUAAACUAGCAUGGAUUUCGAUUUCUUAGCGUGUUGUGUCUUCGCCGCGGUGAUACCCCAUGUCCAUCUUAUUGUUCCACCAAAGACUCCAGUUUUGUCUGGGUUUGAACCUGCUGCUAAUGGAUCAUACCGUGAACUCGUAUGCGAUGCGUCUCAACCUGAUGCGGGGACCAUCACGUAUAAAUGGUACAGAUACUCGGUUGCUAAUGGUGUAGAGAACUGGGAACCAAAAGGCCCGAUUGGUACAAGUCAAAUGUAUGUCUUUAGUCCAGUGACAGCCUGGAAAUACUUUUAUGGUGUAGCUCAGGAGCCUGUCAGUGGGAAGUACAUAUGUCGAGCGACGAAUUUUGCGGGGACAAGAGACAGUGAAUGGGGAGAUUUGUAUGUUUAUAUACCAUGCUCGUUGUAUACUGUCAGUGUCUCACCACUUAAACCUGCUAUCGGAAGUACAUUCACUCUCAAUUGUAACAUACCGAAUCCAAGUGGAUUUACCGUGAAAUGGUUAAAGAGGAUAUAUGCUUCAUCUGCGGCUACAGAUGAAGCAGUAACAAACAAAAAGGGAUGUCAUCCUUCAAAUGACCGACGCUACAGUUGGAGUAGUUGCAGUCCUCCAAGCAGGUCAUCUAAGACACACACCUUCAAUCUACAAGUAACCAAUGCUCAGCCUGAAGAUUUUGCAUACUGGUUUUGUAGAGAUAUUGGACUAAGCUGCGCAAGUAAACCAGUAAGGCCAGUUGUGCAAGCACCCCCAGGGACACCCCAGAUCAGCGGCUUCCCGUCGGGGCCAGUGACGGUUGGACCGCAACUCAACUUAAAGUGUUUGGCUUCGCCUCCUGGAGACAUUUACGACUGGUACAAAGAUGGUACAAAAGUUACGACAUCAUUGAGUUACGAUUUUCAUGUGACGAAGGCGAGUGCUGGCGUCUACAAGUGCGUGGCGAGGAAUGCUGUUGGGACAGCCACAAGCAGUGACAAGACAUUGGUCGUUUAUUAUAAACCAUAUCAUGUCGUCGUCUCAUCUGGUAAGACCUCAUCCUACGUUGGUGAGAAAGACAAAUUCACCUGUACCGUCUCUGGAGGCAACCCUAGCCCCACUGUAAAGCUAUACUUCAAGAGGUCAGGUGGUACACCGGUAGAGGUCAUCCAAGGUCAGGAGAGGGUCAUGGCUAAAGAAGACAAUAAAGCUGAGUAUUACUGCGAAGCCAAGGUCACUGGAUAUCCCGCUUUGGACAUGACUUCAAGUAGGAAGACUUACAGUGUAACAUUCGCGCAUACCAAGGUUUUCUUCCUCAAUAACCCGACCGCAUCUGUCCAGGUUGGUCAAAUGAAGAAGUUCACAUGUGAGACGGAUGAAAGUAACCCAAUUCCUAAUAUAAAGUGGUAUCAGUAUAUGGGCUCAUCAUGGCGGAUCAUCACCUCCAGAAUAUCAUCCUCAGUGAGGAACGGUGUGUAUGGCGGGAAGAUCAGGAUCAGUGAGUGGUCUGUGACAGCGACCAAAGCCAUGAAUGGUGCAAUAGUGAGAUGCAGAGCGACCUACUCUAUGACAGGACAUGAAGUGAGUCGUAAUGCUGACUCUACAAUGUUUGUUAAAUUCAACCCUAACAAAAUAACAAUGUUACAAAGACCACCGACAUCCAUCCACGAGGGCAAGCUGUUCACAAUUGUCUGUGAGACAGACAGCGCCAACCCAGUGGCUAACAUCCAGUUCUACCGGAAGAGAACGGUAGGAACCUGGGAGCAACUGACCUCUUGGAUUACAUCAACGGGCAGAGCGGGGGAGUACAAUGACAUGAUUAGAAAGAGUACAUUGACUGUGACAGCAAACCGGUUGGACAACAUGGCUGUGUUUAAAUGUGAAGUGAAAGAAGGCUCAUUUUUUCCGGUGGAACAAACAACCACAGUGAAUGUAUAUUACCCACCGACCACCACUUCUUUAUCAUCAUCUCUGAAUUCCGCAAAGGAAGGUGACACACUCACCUUGACCUGUAAAGCAAGUGGUGGAAACCCGACAUCGUACACUUACAAGUGGUUUUAUAAGAGCAAGGAGAUACCAAAUGUAACAUCAAAAUAUUACACGAUCGUAUCAAUACCGUACACACAGAGUGGGAUGUACCGUUGUCAGGCGAUCAACUAUUCACCAGGCGGUACAGCUGAUGGGGGGUAUUAUCAUAUGCAUAUUUUUUAUAGAGCCAAAUGGAAUCCUGAACAACCAAAAUCCUUUACUGUCCGAGGCAAAGUAAAAACAGCAGUAAAUCUUACACUCCACGUCAUCGCCAGCCCCUCUCCCACAAAUGUCGCGUGGUUCCACCCGAAUCAGAAGACAGCCAUUGGUGAAAACUUCACCCAAACUAAGGUUGACGAUACAACAUACACGUUGAGCAAGACAUCCGUGAAAGGUUCGGACUAUGGAAGUUACACAGUCAAUGUGACAAAUGCGGUUGGAGUUUCAUCCUUUGUUUUUGAACUAAAACCAUCUGAACCGCCGCAGACACCAUGCUGCUUAGGGAAAGUAAAUUCUACAGCCAUAUCAGUGACUCUUACCUUUAAGACAAACAACAAUGGCGGAACACCUCAGACAUUUACCAUAGAGCACAGAGAACCUGGCGGAGAUUGGAUCGUUGUUGCCAAGAACAUAGCCGACCCAGGUAUUAACAGAGAUGUGGUCCAGAAGAUAGCAGGAUUGAAGAUUAACCUGAUGUACCAAUUUCGAGUUAAAGCAGUCAAUGACGAUGGUGACAGUGGCUAUGGACAUAUACUUGAAGUUAAGACGAUAGGUGCCCCAAACACCACGCUCACGGUCAACCGUGAAGGAAGGAUCGUGACUGUUUCAUGGACAGCCCUGAAACGAUCAUACUCAAAGGUCCAGAUCAAAUACUGUCUGAGAGAGAAAUCGUCUAUGGCGUGUAGCUAUCACUACUUGAAAGAUCAAACAGCAACCACAGCAAGUUUUAUUGUGGACGCAAUAGCGAGUUAUGAUGUCUAUUUGGAGGUGUUUGAUGGGGUUGACAUGGUUUACCGUUCUGCACCACAUGUUGUUCUAAUUCCUUCUGGUAUCAAUGUGGGGAUGAUAGCUGGUGUGGUUGUGGCUGUGGUCAUCCUGAUAGCUGUGGUCGGGGCGGUAGUUGUCGUGCUACACAGGAGGAACAAGGCGUGCUUUUCAGUUCGAAACAAACGCGGAGCUUCAGCAAUGGAUAGUGGUAUUGGUGGCGGACCAGAUGCUGUUGCCCAUGACCCAUUUGAUAUGAACUUCGAUAACAGCGCAUUUCAAGGUGAAAAUGCCUCAGUCGAUCCUUUCUACGAGAAUGAUCCUAGACAGCUGCCAAAAAGGGGAGAUGCCGAUACCCGAGUUGACGAGGCAGCGUAUGAUGAACCUCACCACGAAGUAGACCCGCAGCGUGUCCAAGGAGAUGCCGAUACCCGAGUUGACGAGGCAGCGUAUGAUGAACCUCACCAGGAAGUAGACCCGCAGCGUGUCCAAGGAGAUGCCGAUACCCGAGUUGACGAGGCAGCGUAUGAUGAACCUCACCACGAGGUAGACCCAGAGCGUGUCCAAGAGGUAAUCUACGACGAAACAAGACCAAUCCCUGGGUUAGAUGGUGGUAAUCCCCCAAAGAAAUUUGAAGAUAUUUCAGUCGAUGAUUUCAAGCAGUGGCUCCUUUCCAAAGACGUGACACAAUCCACCUACAAAUGUCUGGCGAAGAAUGGAUUCAAGAAGGCCAACGUUUUUGCCAUGCUGCAGCCAGAACAUAUCGAGAAACUGCGAAUCAAACCCCUGGCUCAAGAAGUCAUUGUACAGAAACUGGUCAAGGGUUUUCAACAGGAGUCUGGAUCCGAAAGCAGCAAGAGGGUGAAGCCAGCUGGCGAUGGAGAUGGAGAAGGAGGCGCUUAUGAGGAAAUGGAAAACCCAUAUGCCGAGUUGAACAUCACGCCUGAUGUGAUCGCCAGCCGAACGUACGCAGAACUGAAGCCUUGAAAAUAGAGCAAAUCCAGAAAGUGCUGAACUGCGAGGUCGGCUUUGCUCAAACAGAUAUAAACAGACAUUACAUCAUUACCUGCAGUAUACCCAGGAUUGCCUUGUGCAAAUAGAUGUGCAUCUAGAAAAGGAAUAGCCUGUUUUCAGCAGGGUUAAAAUGCAAUUUUAAAAUAUCUCCUGAUUCAUCCACUGCCAUUAUCACGAUGUAUUUUCAAUUGAUUUCUUAAAUAUUUAUUUUAUCUUUUAGUUUUUGCAAGGUGGAUCUGGGUUUAUUUUGUGUGAUAAAGGCUAUGUAAUAAUAACGAUCACAAUGCUUGUAAUUAUAAAUAGAGAAGGAUUCUAACCUCUCCAGUAGACAGAAGGUCUUCUGUUUUUGGCCAGAUGAGGAACAUCUUGGUAGGAGAAUAUCACUCAUCUUUAUCAAUAGUGUAAGUUAUAAGUAAGAAUCGGUGAUUGUAGAGGAAUGCUAUCAAUAUCAGAACCAGCGAUUACCGGUUUUUCUUGCAGACCAGAGAUAUUUUUGUCACCAUAGCAGCGAUUAAAAUCGUUUGGGUGUAUAGGGCGCUUUGCAGCAUACCUCGUUUGCAAUGUAGCUCUGUUCAGUUCUGUAUAGUUUAGCCUACACAUUUUCAUGUGUAGUGUACUGCAAUGCAUGCAGACAUAUAUGUACAUGUUCUACAUGCAUAACAAUGUACAGGAACGAGUUUUUUACGAGCUGGUGAGCACAUAUAGGUGAACAGGAGGCUGCAAAGUCAACAUCUGGUAAAUAAUUGAAGAUAAUCUCUGUGGUAUUAUUCAGAAUGCUCUUAACUAUCCAAGAGUGCCAAGGUUACAUGUACAUUUGGAGAAUCAUUGUUCUUGUAAAAUUGGACGAGUCGUCCAUAUCAUUUCCCAACAUAAAUCUGUAUGUAUAGUGAGCAUGUAUAUCCAUGUGACAGUGGUCAAAACAAAAUGCUGCACGCAUGUAUAUAUAAUCAGUGUGUUUUUAGGUUUUCAAGUUGUCCAGCGAUGUUCAUCACAAUACGGACAACGGUGAAGCGGUCUUUGACCCCAACUCCUCCCUCUGCUUUGAUGGAAAGGACGCACAGUUUAUAUGACAACCAUUCAAAGCAAAAUAUUUUCAAAUUUGUUGAACACACCACAUCUCUCUAAUACAUACUUAUUAUCAUUUUAUUUGCUCUCUCGCGUCAUUUACUGCCGCCAUUUUACUGAUCACGGCACAUCAUACGUGAAAUCGGAACCGAAAAGCCAACGGAAACUCCCGAAUACAAACUCGCCAGCAUAUUCAGCUUUGAUACCUGUCCUCUGGCCAAUCAUGACUUUGUUCAUUUUAGUUGUCAACAGACAGACACGAGGACGGGUAGUCCUGUUUGUAAAUAAUACGUCCAGCACACUUCGCCCAUUAUAUUCUGCAUGUAUAUACACAUAUAUAUCUAAGCACAAGUUUUUAUUGUACGACUUUAAAAAAAGUAAAU